AUGGCACGACCGUACAUCCAAGAGCUACGAGAGUUGGAGCAAAAUCCCGGUGGAACUGGUUGGCAAGGCCGCUGGCAGCAAUUGUGCGAAACCAUCUGGUCCAUCAUGGCCACUGCGACCUUGUACGAGCUUGCCAUUCCUCCUAUUGAAUACCAACGAUUUCUGGCAUUGCUUUUGAGCGAAGAGCGCUUCGCUUUGGCUCGUUUGGUGAUUGUGGAACUACGAGAGGGGAGGGGAGAACAUCACUUAAGCGCACAGCAAGAAGACUUGCUGGACAAAACAUCUCAAAUCAGAGCUCGCAUCCAGGUCGUCCAGAACAUGCAACAAAGCGAUUUUGAUGAGGAUGCGUAUGCGCAGGAAAAACUCAUUCAUCUUGACGCUGAAUUGCACCGAGCUCGUAUUCUCAUGCAUCGAAGUGCUCCAUAUGGCGCCGCCAGUGAGGAGAGAAUCGCUGAGUGGCUUGCACAAUAUCCUGGAACUCCAUGA